AUGGCUACAAACUCAGCUGUAUCUGAGAGCAAUGUUGAUUCUAAUAUUAUUAUUAUUCAUGAUGAUGCUCAAUAUCCAUCGGUAAUUAAAGAGUUUUUUUUAAAUUUAUGCGUCAAUACGGAAAAAAAUCGGUGGUCAUCCAAGUGUAAAAUUUGUUCGUCGUCUAUUACUGAUACGUAUAAAACAACUUCAAAUUUUUUAAAGCAUUUGAAGAACAAACACCAAUCUUUGUUUGAAGAAUGGAAAAACAAUCAUGAUCCAUCCAUUAAAGAUACAAAUCAACCGAAAAUAAAUAGUGUCUUUAGUUCUGGUGGUGAAAAAUAUUCGACAAAUAACAAACGACAAAAACAACUCACCAACAGUAUUAUUCAAAAUCUUAUAAUAAAUAUGGGUCUUCCAUUAUCAAUUGUUGAUCAUAUAUCAUUCAAUGAUUUCAUGAAUGAUGUAGAUUCCAAAUAUAAGCCUAUUCAUAGGCGUGAUCUUACACGUUCGUUUUUACCUGCUUUACACAAAAAAUGUACAUCAAAAUUACAAGAAAUAUGUGCUGAAGCAAAGCAUGUCAGUCUUACACUUGAUAUUUGGUGUGAUCGUCGCAUGCGGUCUUAUUUUGGUGUUACUCUACAUACUAUUAUUGAUGAUAAAUAUAAAACAUUUUUACUCUCAUUUGAACGACUUGAAGGAAAACAUACAUCUGAUAAACUUGCAGCAGAAUUCGAUCGAAUAAUUCAGCUUUACAAGUUAAAAGACAAAAUCGUCCGAUUAAUAACUGAUAAUGCAAGCAACAAUCUUGCUGCUUUUGAUAACAUUAUUUUACCUGGAUUUGAUGAUUAUUUUGAUGGAAUAAUAGAUGAUUCAUCUGAAUCUGAAUCUGAAUCUGAAUCUAAUGAUAAAGAAACUGAUGAUUAUACACCUGCAGUUGAUUCAGCAACUGAAGAAGAAUUUGUACGUUUGCCAUGUUUUUGUCAUUGUCUUCAGUUAGUGGUCAAUGAUGGAAUAAAAGCUAGUGCUGCUGCAGUAUCUUCUCUUCAAAAAGUAGCAAGAUUAGCUAAACUUGCUCAUUCUAGUACAGUAUUUUCUGAACGAUUAGAAAAAUUUAAUUAUACUAUUCCAAGAGCAAAUCGUACAAGAUGGAAUAGCCAAUUUCAAACAGUAAAAAAUGUGGUUGAUAUUCCAUCGUCAAUACUUAAUUCAAUUUUAAGUGAUUUAAAGAGGAAUGAUCUUAUUCUUAAUAGUAAAGACAGAAAAGUUUUAGAAGAAUUUGUAUCUUUGUUUGAGUUAUUUAAUGAAGCUACUGUGUUAACUCAAGGUGAAUCUUAUGCAACUAUUUGUCUUGUUGCACCUACUGUUCUUGGUAUACUUUUUGAUCUUGAACGUGAACUUUGUUCUUCCACUUUAACUCUUGUUUCUUUAUGUGAAGCCUUAAUUGCAUCAAUUAAAGCUCGAUUUAGUGGACUUCUUCGUCAUUUUGAAAUCGAUGUACCUUUCAACACAUAUUGUAUGUCAGAACGUUUUUCUGAUGUGAUUUUUCUUAUUUCUCCACUUCUUGAUGCGCGUUUCAAAUUGUUGUGGCUCGAUAGUCUUCAUACUCUUGUAAAACUGCGCGUUGUUGAAAAGAUUCGUGAUGCUUAUGUUCGUUAUUAUUCUAAACUAAAUUUUUCUGUGUUGCAGAAUACUGGAGCCGAUGUGCUGAACACAACUGAACAUAAUAUUGAUGUUAUGACAAAAAGCACGGAUUCACUUACUAAACGAAAAUGUCUUUUUCCAUAUUUGAAGAAAAAUAAAAAAGUUUCGAAUCAAGAUAAAUCAAGGAUUUUGAUUGAACUUGAUGCCUAUUUAUGUGAAGAAAGUCGUGAACAAAAUUUAACUUUUAUCAAAAAACAUUUGUAUCCUUGUUUAUAUCAACUUAGUUUAAAAUACUUGUCAGUGCCAGCGACAUCGGCUCCCAUUGAACGAGUAUUUUCUCAAAGCGGUUUUCUUAUGCGUCCAAAUCGGGCAUCAUUAACUGCAAAAAAUGUUUGUUUACUCACUUUUCUUAAAUGUAAUAAGUUUUUGUUAUGA